UCACACGUUCUUGACCGACGUCAUGCUAAGGAAGUGCGCUCUCGCCCAAGCAGCAGAAGCAGCGGCGUGUGUGUGUGUUGUGGGCCCUGGCCAGCUAGCUAUACCUGCCUCUAACGCAGUUUAGUUUCACCCCAGUGUCAAGUCUUCCACGUUACAUGUACGCUAGAUAACCGACCCGUUGACAGAUAAUGGGAGCGAACAGCAGUACUCGCCGUGUCUCGUUCGAGUCCGACGAGCAUGAGAACAUAUCGGUGGUGAAGGGCAUUCGGCUUUCAGAGAAUGUCAUCAACCGCAUGAGGGAACCCGAUGCUCCUCCUAAGAACCAACGUGCCCCCUCUCCUCCACCAUCCAUGGCACCUACACUCCUCCCUUCUCCUCUCCUGCGGCCAGUUCCUCCCCUCUUUGAUCCGAUCACCUCCUUGCCACCUCCUCCUUCUCUAGUAGAACCUGUUUCACCUUCAGCUCCUCCUCCACCAACUCCAUCUGCCGCAGAGACUGUGGCAGCUCCUUCACCACCUCCUCCUCAACCUCCUAAGGAACAGGUAGCAGCACCCAUCAUUGCUGACGUGGUGCUUCCGUCCUCAUCACCACCGGCUACUGCUGUCAUUGAUUAUGAGCCUGUGGUGGCACCUCCUCCCCUUGCUCCUGCUGCGGUUGAGCCAGUAAUUUUGCCAACAUCUGUCCCUCCUUCUGCUCCCAUUGCUCCCCCGGUUGUUGCUCAAUGCCCUGCUCCAGCUGCGGUGGAAGCGAUCGCCCCGCUUGCUGCCCCUCCCCUUGUAAUUGAACCCUCUCCUCUUCCCCUAAAUCAAUCUGUUGCUUGUUCUCCUCCAGUAAUUGAACCCAAUGCUCCUUCAUCUGUGGCUAAACCCAUACCACCUCCUCUUCCUGUCAAGGUGACACCCAUCGUUGCUCCCCUUCUCCCCGAAGCGGAACCCCUCUCUUCCCCUCCUGUCUCUAAAUCUGUUGCCAUCCUGUCCCCACCGCUGCAUCCUUCAGGGGACGCUUUGUCCCCGCAACCUGCCGAGCCAUUUUCUGCACCUCCUCUGCCCGAGUAUACCGCACCUAGUGACCCAGUUGCACCUCCUCCUCAGCCCCCAGUGGACCCAGUACCCCUUGCUCCUGCCCCUGAGCCAGUGGUAGGGCCUGAGUCGAAUGGGGUUCCACCACCUGCUGCAGCAGCCGUCGAUGAAGAGGCCCUGAGGAAGAAGAUCAGCGAUGAGCUGUAUAAGACCCUGGAGCAGGAUAGGGUGAAGGCAGAGCAGGAGCUGCAAGCCUGGAUCACGGCGGAGAAGGCGCGCGUGGCCGCCCAGGCCGAGGAGGACGCCCGGGCCCAGGUGCCGGGCGAGGUGUCCAGGCUCCUGUCCGCGGAGCGGGCCGCUGCCCAGGAGAGCGUCCAGCAAGCUGUGAUGAGGGAGAGGAUCUCCACGGAGGACGAGAAACGCCGCGCUCAGCUCUUCGCUAAGCAGCUGGCGGCCAGAGAAGCAGACCUAAACAAGCAGGAUGCUUUCUACAGAGAGCAGGUGGCUCGGCUGGAGGAGAGGAGUGCUCAGUUCUACAAGGUCACCACGGAGAACUAUCACAACGCCGCCGACCAAGUGAAUGCCAAGUUCAAGCGUUAUGAGGCGUAUCCUGUGUGUGCAGACGUGCAGAGCCAGAUCCUCGCAUGCUACAAGGAGAACGUUGGAAAGACCCUCAACUGCUCCAACAUCGCGGCCCUCUACCUGCAGUGUGUCAACAACGCCAAACAGAAUGACAAGAGUGUGCAUGCACCCCCCAUGGACAGAUGACGUAGCAAGUUGAGGACCGGGGGUUAAAGAAGCGAGAUGGGAAGAAAGAGAGUUUAUUGUGUGGGAUUACUUGUUAUCGACCGACUGAUGGACAGACCGAAACCCCAGAAGUGGAGGAAGCGAGGCGUGAGUCAGCACCCAGCACCCCUCAGAACCGGACCGGACCACGGGCACCGAGCACAGCACCCUGAUAGAGAAACGGACACCCCACUCUUACCUUCUGUCUACUCCUGAGUGUGUGUGUGUGUGAGGAGGCGGGACACAGUCGAGCGGGGACUGACGGGAACCUGCAGGCCACGGCUUGGCCAAUGAACCCGGAGGAAAAGCACAAGAGAGAAGCCACUCGGACCCAUCCUCAUCUCCAGCCUCAGCCCUGCUGGGAUUAUCCAGUCAGCCCCUUUCGUUUCGUAGUCCGUGAUUCCAUGUUUCCCUGUGCACAAACACACAUGUAUCCGUCUGUUUCGUCUCUGCAUCCGUCAUCUGUGUGAGUUUGAGUAGUGUGUGAAUAAUGUAGCGACCCCGAGUAUUCAUCGGCACCAACACUUGUCUGAUCAGAGGAAAAAUAAAAAGACAAAACCAUG